UUUCCACCAUUAUCAUAUACAUACAAAAUGCUCACCCAAUUUUUUAUAGGGCGAAAUCUAGCUAGCUAACUAGCUGUUGUUGUUCAUAAAUACGUUAUGUGUACUUUGAAAAUACUACUGCUGAAAAGUGAUUUUUUUUCUUGCUCUGUUUCUACUUUCUAGUCUGUGCACUACUAAUAGAUAAUCUCUGAGUCCUGUUUUUAAGGUCUCUUUCGCCGUCUUUUUGAUUCGGCCGCGCCCCUGACGAUAAUAUCCGUAUCUUCUCUGUUUAUUUAUAAAUAUAAAAUCAACUGCAUUUAAUUCGCCUUCAGAAUUAGUUUUGUAGUUUCAGAAAUAAUACUUAUUUUGUUGCUGCAAUUACUAUUCAGCUACAUAUAUAUAGUAUCUGUCAUAAUCUUGAAAUGGAGCAAUCUUCGAAACUUGUUUUGUUAUCUCUGCUUCACUAGUGGGGUUUUUCUUCUUCUUUCUCUCUUGCUCUGUUUUUCAGUAGUGCUCUGUUUUUUGAGGACAAAAAACAUUCAGAAUAAUUGCUUAAAAGAGGACCCUUUUUGGGUUCAUAAGAGAUCUAUCUGAGUUUCAAGAAAGAGGUAUUUCAAGUAAAAUAUUUUGGGAUCUGGAAAUAAGUUUUGUUGGUCUCAUUUUGAGAGUGUGUUUGCAGAUCUGCUGAAAUUUAGACCUCUUUUGUUUAAAAUUAAAAUGUAUGCUGAGAAGCAAGCAGAGGAAGCUAUUGUUUCAAGCUUCAAUGGAACUGAUCGUGAUGGGGAGGAAGUUGAGAAAUUAGGUGAAGAAGAUCAUUCUGUUUUUAGUGUCAAAAGCCUCCUCUGGCAUGGUGGCUCUGUUUGGGAUGCUUGGUUCAGCUGUGCUUCUAAUCAAGUUGCUCAAGUGCUAUUGACACUGCCAUAUUCAUUUUCUCAACUUGGUAUGGUAUCUGGCGUAGUGUUUCAAGUGUUUUAUGGUCUUGUUGGUAGCUGGACUGCAUACCUCAUCAGUGUUCUCUACAUAGAGUACAGAAGCAGAAAAGAAAAAGAAGGUGUUAACUUCAAAAAUCAUGUGAUUCAGUGGUUUGAAGUGCUUGAUGGACUAUUGGGUCCUUACUGGAAAGCAGCAGGCCUUGCCUUCAACUGUACGUUCCUUUUGUUUGGAUCUGUCAUACAACUAAUUGCUUGCGCAAGUAACAUAUAUUACAUCAAUGACCACUUAGACAAGAGGACAUGGACAUACAUAUUUGGAGCUUGCUGUGCUACCACAGUUUUUAUUCCUUCUUUCCAUAACUAUAGGAUUUGGUCUUUUCUUGGCCUUGGGAUGACCACUUAUACAGCAUGGUACUUAACUAUUGCUGCUGUCAUUCAUGGCCAGGUUGAAAAUGUACAACACACUGCUCCAGCAAAGCUUGUGCUGUAUUUCACUGGUGCCACCAAUAUUCUUUACACCUUUGGUGGACAUGCUGUUACUGUGGAAAUUAUGCAUGCAAUGUGGAAACCCCAGAAGUUCAAGUACAUUUACCUAAUAGCGACACUCUACGUUUUCACCCUAACUAUUCCAUCAGCUUCAGCCGUCUACUGGGCAUUCGGAGAUCAACUUCUUAACCAUAGUAACGCAUUUUCACUUCUUCCAAAAGACGGAUGGCGCGAUGCUGCAGUUAUAUUGAUGCUAAUUCACCAGUUUAUCACGUUUGGAUUCGCGUGUACGCCCUUGUACUUUGUGUGGGAGAAGGUUAUAGGGAUGCAUGACACUAAAAGCAUACGCUUAAGGGCACUUGUUAGGUUGCCUGUGGUGAUACCCAUAUGGUUUUUGGCUAUUAUAUUCCCAUUCUUUGGGCCUAUUAACUCUGCCGUUGGAGCUCUGUUGGUUAGUUUCACUGUCUACAUCAUUCCAGCUCUUGCUCAUAUGCUCACUUAUAGAAAACCCUCUGCUCGACAGAAUGCAGCAGAAAAGCCACCAUCCUUCAUGCCAAGCUGGACUAUCAUGUAUGUUAUUAACAUUUUUAUAGUGGGCUGGGUUUUGGUUGUUGGGUUUGGGUUUGGUGGAUGGGCCAGUAUGAGCAAUUUCAUCAAACAAGUUGAUACAUUUGGCCUAUUUGCAAAAUGUUACCAAUGUAAACCUCCGGCAGGCCAGCCACCACAUCCGGCACCUCAGGCCACCGUGCACAACUAGGAAUACUGGCUGGGAUCCGCCACGUCAAUAUGUUGGACAAGUCAACGAACGUAGAACCAUGUUCUUCAAAUAUUUUUGCAUGUAACUACUCAAAAUGUGUUGUGUUAAUCUUCAUUUUCUUUUGUUCGUGUUUCGAUUUUUUGUUUAGAUGUGAUAAUUAACGUGUCGAAUUGCUGACUAAUUGGCUAUCAAAAGGAUUAGCUAAUUAAUUGAAUCAACAUAUGCUAAUGCUAAUUAGUUAUUUUGUCUAA